AUGAUCGCCAAAAACCCCAACGGAAAUACCGCGGUUAUCCCGCUCCUGAUCAACAACGAGUCUUCUGUGACCGAGACGAUAUUCGACGUUACGAGCCCCUCGACGGGUGAAGUGAUUGACCGUUGCGCCGGAGCAACAGUCGACGAUGCCAACCGUGCUGUCGCGGCCGCAAAGGCCGCCUUCCCCGGAUGGAGCAAGACCAAGCCGUACGAUCGUAGGGAUAUCCUCAUUAGAGCCGCGGAUAUUAUGCUCUCCCGGAAAGAAGAAUUGAUUCGGUAUCAGAUGGAGGAGACAGGUGCGGGUCGUAUGUUUGUGGAGAAAACAUUCAUGCUGGGAGUCGGGUUCUUGAAGGAUUUCGCAGCGCGAAUCCCGUCUAUCGAGGGCACAGUACCCUCCGUCUCGGAAGAUGGCGAGUGCGCAAUGGUUAUCAAGCAGCCAUAUGGCGUAGUAUUGGGAAUCGCGCCUUGGAAUGCUCCCUACAUCCUCGGAACCCGCGCAGUCGCUCUACCCCUCGCCGCGGGUAAUACGACGAUUUUGAAGGGAUCAGAGCUUGCCCCCAAGUGUUUCUGGGCAAUUGGAGAUAUCUAUCGCGAAGCUGGUCUUCCUGCGGGAUGUCUGAAUGUCCUUUACCACCGUCCCUCGGACGCAGCGGCGGUCACGAACGCCCUCAUUGCUCACCCAGCUGUGCGCAAGAUCAACUUCACCGGUAGCACCACGGUGGGCUCAAUCGUCGCGGCCACUGCCGGCAAAUAUACGAAGCCGGUACUCCUCGAACUGGGAGGCAAAGCUUCGGCCAUUGUCUUGGACGAUGCCAACCUGGACAAGGCCGCCAUGUGCUGUGCACUGGGAUCCUUUAUGCAUUCCGGACAAAUCUGCAUGUCGACGGAACGCGUUAUAGUACAGCGGUCUAUUGCAGAUAGGUUCAAGCAGAUGAUGGCGGAGGCGGUGGAGAAAGUAUUUGGCAAGCACGGACCGGCAUUGGUCCUCGUUGCCCCUGCUGCAGUCAAGAAGAACAAGGAGCUGGUAGAGGAUGCGCUCGCCAAAGGCGCCAACCUUAUCUAUGGUGACACUGCGGCCAUUGACUUGAACAACAGCAGCAUGCGGCCUGUGGUCGUUGGCGAUGUCGCCAAGAACAUGGACAUGUACUCCACGGAGUCGUUUGGCCCGACUGUAUCCCUCAUUGUGGUUGAUAGCGAGGAAGACGCUGUGACACUGGCCAAUGACACGGAGUACGGCCUCACUUCGGCAGUAUUUACGGGGAACCUGUUCCGUGGCCUCAGGGUUGCCAAGCAGAUUGAAGCAGGUGCUGUACAUAUCAAUUCUUUGACCGUGCACGACGAGCCUGUUCUUCCCCAUGGCGGCUGGAAGAGCAGCGGAUACGGUCGCUUCGGAGGAACCUCCGGUUACGACGAGUGGCUGCAAACCAAGACGAUUACUUGGGUAGAAUAA